UUACAUAAUUUAAGGUUUGUUUAAUUGUUUGCUGAUCACAAUAGAGGGAAAAAAACUGAGCGCAUACUCUGUUUGCGUGAUUUCUCAGCUGACUGUUAUCUCUCACAGUGUUAGAGGAUCAAUGGACGAUAAAAAAGCAAAACAACUCGGCCAACUUGCGCAGUUGAUAUUACUGCUGGUGGUAAUCGCUAGUGCUCCUGUAUGGGUACCACUUGGUCUCAUCAUUCUGGUCCCAACAUUCUUUGUGACUGCUGGGAUUCUAGCUACAAUGGCUUUGGGAUUGACCACAUUCUUAACACUCUUUCUGGGUGUUUUUGGAAUACCGUUGCUGUUUAGUGGAGCAGUCACUGCGAUGGCCUACUUCGCAUACAAAUCGUGCGUCAAGAUGACGUGGAAAAUGCAUUCUCUCUGCAUCUCGUUCUACAGCCAUCUUGAUAACUCCAGAUCGAACCGAGAUACGGUUGUUGAAAAGAUAGCUGGAAAUACUGAAGAAAUCGUGCAAGGAUUUUUCGCUAAACUGGAUUCCUUCUUGCCGUCGUCUACAAAGGGGUUGCCAAUGAUUAGCAGAUUUUUGAAAGAGGAAAGUGGGUUAUCAUGUUGUGAACGGGAACAGCCUAUGUAUGAAGAAGAAAGUGAAACUGAGACAGUGAUCUCUCGCACCAGAAAACCAAGCAUGCAGUUUCCUUUCCCCAAGGCAAGCAUUCCCUUCGUGGACCUCUCGGCCGAUGGAGAUGAAAUAGAAACGUUUUUUAACAGCGUGGAAGAGCUGUACGCAGUCAUCUGUUCAUUGCGCAAGAAGACGCGCAAUCGUAUUGUCAUGCGCGAUGGACGAAAGGCAACGACGCGUCGAGCGACGAUAUCAUAAGCUGUGGAUUUAGAAUAGAAUGCGUCAAAUCA